AUGAAAGAGGAAAAGGGCUAUUUGGACGUAGUCCGCCAAUUUGCUCGUGAGGUUGUUGAUUUUAGCUCUCAAUAUGGCGAAGAAGGAGGGUCAACUUAUACUGUUAGCAAUUUGACUGGGCCGCCGACUGUUUAUCCCCUUCACUCUGAUGGUGUAUCUGCCUGCGUAUUCCGUACUUAUGGCACUUGGUGGCGCGAAUGUCCUUCUGCUUUGCCACUUAUUGCUCCUCAUUUAUCUCCGCCAGGAUUCAGCAGUGAGGAUUAUGUCGACAUCUUUUUGGAUUGCCCCGUCAUCUUGCGCAGAAUAGAAAUUUUUGAAACCUAUAACCCUGGCUCAGUAGUCCGGAUUUUAGCCUGCUGCCGCGGUGUGGGUGGUCCUAGUGGCAAUCCUAUAAUUAAAAGAUGCAAAUUAUCUGACAAUGCUGAUCAAGAGCUCCUUAAUAAUCAGGUUCCAGUCAUCGAUGUUCAGGAUUCCGGCCCUGUAAAUGCAAGACGCUUGCAUUGGGUUACAAUAUGGAAGACAGAUGAGCCUUGCACCAAAACUCGGUGUGUAAAUGGAUUUUCUCGCGAGGUAAUUUAA